UCAACGUUAAAUAAUAAUUGUGUCUGCAAUAUAUAUAUUUAUAAAUUAUAUUCAUACUGUAUAAUUUGCAUAGAUGAUACUUCUAUACAACGACGUUCCGUGGCUGGCCAAGCCGGCAAGUGAGCGACGAUGCAGAGAUGAAGAGGAGCACAGAAGAAGUGGCUGGAAGUCUUGAGCGUGGCAGCAAAAAAAAAUGAGGAACUGAAAAGUGCGAACGAAACAUCGAUGAUGCCGUUUGACGCCGCUUACCGCCACGCUACGAUGGGAUAUUCAUUAAUUUAGCAAGGAAACAAACGAGAGUCUUUGGUUGGACAGUUAGCGAUGCUGCUAGCCCGCUAGCCUGUGACGUCCGUGACUUUCUGGGCCGAAACGUUGCUUAUGUGGCGUAUAUUUGUAGAACUAUUUUGGUGUGAAAUGUCGACGGUAGAUGAUGACAGAUAACGACAAAUUAAGAUGAGUAGUGGUUAUCGCUUAUUACCGCUUGUAUGAGUGUUAUAAACGGCGACUGUGGCACGGAUGCGCGUCAGUGUUGAUCGUCUUAAAUCCUAAUUGGUUUUUUUUUUUUUUUUUUUUGCUGGGCCAAAUUAAGUUGCAAAGGAUACGUGGAACCUUGGCCCAAUGGAGCGAGUGUUGGAGCUCACUGGCUCCAUUGUAUCUCACGUCAUUUAGAUUACGUGGUGUGACUACGAUUUUUUCUCCGCUGAACCAAACAAGACGACGAAGACGAAGAGAAAAAAAAAUGCGAAUUUCGUCCUUCUUGGCCGUGUUCCGGCCCGCUUUACCCCUGAUCCUCGGGGUGUCUCUGGGGUGCACCCUGAGCCUGCUGAUGGUGUCGUGGACGCAGGGGGACGCGGAGGACGGCUGCGGGAAAGAGUUGGCCAACGGUGGGAAGCUUUACCUGGGUAGGGGCAACGCUCAGAGGGAUGCAAGGGACGAUGCAAGAGCAGGGGAAGGCGGCGAGGACGACUUCCAGCCGCGCAUUGUCCCCUAUCACAAGGACCCCAACCAGCAGCACAAGAAAGUCCUGAGAACUCGUUACAUCCACACGGAGCUGGGCAUCCGCGAGCGCCUCCUGGUGGCCGUGCUGACGUCGCGCGCCACCCUCAACACGCUGGCGGUGGCAGUGAACCGCACAGUGGCGCACCACUUUCCGCGCACCUUCUUCUUCACGGGCCUGCGCAGCGCCAAGGCGCCGCACGGCAUGGCGGUGGUGGCGCACGGUGACGACCGGCCCGUCUGGCUCAUGUACGAGACGGUGCGCCACUUGCACCGGCAGCACGGCGCCGACUACGACUGGUUCCUGCUGGCCCAGGACGACACCUACAUGCAGGCGGAGCGGCUGAUGGGGCUGGUGGGCCACCUGAGCGCCGGCCAGGACCUGUACAUAGGCCGCGCCGAGGAGUUCAUCGGCGGCGAGGAGAAGGCACGCUACUGCCACGGCGGCUACGGCUACCUACUGUCGCGCAGCCUGCUGGCGCGCUUGCAACCGCACUUGGACGCCUGCCGCAACGAUAUCCUCAGCGUCAGGCCCGACGAGUGGCUGGGCCGCUGCAUCAUUGACUACCUGGGACUCAGCUGCUCGGAGGUCCACCAGGAGAUGACCUACCGCUACUUCGAGCUGGGCAAGAACGCAGAUCCGGAGCGCGAGGACAGCCCUGGGUUCAAGCUCGCCUUCACCGUGCAUCCCGUGUCGGAGCCCAACCUCAUGUACCGACUGCACAAGCGCUUCAGCCAAAUCGAGCUGGACGGGACCUACGCGCAGAUCCAGGAGCUGCAGACGCAGAUCAGCAACCUGAGCGAGUUGACGCCAGAGGGCGCGGCGGGCGCCACCUGGCCGGUGGGCAUCAACGCGCCAUUCAAGCCCCGCACGCGCUUCGAGGUGCUCAACUGGGACUACUUCAGUGAGGAGCACAUCCACGCCUGCGCCGACGGCGCGCCCAAGUGCGAGCUGCGUGGCGCCGACCGCGCCGACGUGGCUGGGGUGCUGGAGGCGGCGCUGGAGCGGCUCAACGCCCGCUACCAGCCGCGGCUGCGCUUCCUCAAGCGCCGCCUUCUCAACGGCUACCGCCGCUUCGACCCCACCCGCGGCAUGGAGUAUGUGCUGGACCUGGCGCUGGAGGCGUACACUCAGAAGGGCCGCAGCCGGGUCAUUGCCAAGCGGGUGCAGCUGCUGCGCCCGCUCAGCGCUGUGGAGAUCAUCCCCAUGCCCUACGUGACAGAGGCCACGCGGGUGCAGCUGAUCCUGCCCGUCACGGCGCAGGAGAGUCGGCAGGUGGCCGCCUUCCUGGACACCUACGCCGCCAACGCGCUGGACACCCGUGACAAUGCGCUCCUCACCGUGCUCUUUGUCUACGACCCCUUCGAGGCGCAGCGCGUCAGCCGCGAGGACGUCUUCGCUGGCGCCAAGGCGGCCGUGGGCCAGACCGAGAAGCGCUACCGCGACGUCAAGAUCCCGUGGAUCAGCGUCAAGACCGAGGUGCCGUCGCAGGUCAAGCUGAUGGACGUCAUCUCCAAGAAGCACCCGGUGGACACGCUCUUCUUCCUGGCCAGCGUGUGGACAGAGGUCAACGGCGACUUCCUCAACCGCUGCCGCAUGAACGCCAUCAGCAGCUGGCAGGUCUUCUUCCCCGUGCACUUCCAGGAGUUCAGCCCGGCCGUGGCGCCGCGGCCGUCCGUCGCCUCCGCCGACCCACUCCGGGACGGCCGCUUCGACCGACGCGUCUUCGACGAGGCCUGCUUCUACAACUCCGACUACAUGAGCACGCGGGCCAAGAUGGCGGCCGAGGCGCUGGACAACGAGGAGCUGCUGGAGAGCAUGGACGUGUACGACGUCUUUGUGCGCUACUCGGGCCUGCACGUCUUCCGGGCCGUGGAACCGGCGCUGGUGCAGAAGUACGCGGCACGCCAGUGCAACCCACGCUUGAGCGAGGACAUCUACCACAGGUGCGUGCUCAGCAACCUGGAGGGACUGGGCUCCCGCUCACACCUCGCCGCUGCGCUCUUCCAGCACGAGCAGGCCAACAGCACCUAGACUGUCACCUUCACGCUCCAUUGCUAUGGCGACGACACCGUUAACCUCCUAUCUUGUCAAGCCCAAAGAAAGAGUGCGAUUACCCUACUUUGUUGUGCUUACUUGUUUCCACAAUGGCACUCCCUAUAUUUAAGUGUUGAAGAACUUUUUUUUUUUAACCAUUUCAAACUUUGAAGGCAAAUUUGGUCAAAUUUGUCAUCUAUACUUUGAAAUUCAGCACCUGUGCUGUUAUUACCUGGUUUGUUUAGAGAAACUAAAUUUGUUCUUUAAAAAGUUCCAAUUUCACACUCCAGAUUCUAUUAUUUAAAUGACAAGUAAAGCAUUUUGUUGCUUGUUCCAUUUUUGUAGAAAGACAAUGAAUGAAAUACUUGAACAGUUUUGCAUUUGUGGCUUCAUUUGAAAAUGAAGGCUCGUCAAAUUUGAUUUUGAUGUCAAAUUCGGAACAUAAACAUGUCACUCCAAUGAUGUUAGCAGCUUGAAGUAAAGUGUGUUCCUGUGCUCCUCGACUAAAUGUUCUUGUUCUUUGCUAGGUGAAAGGCUCACUUGACUGCAAGCUGUGUGAAAGUUGGCUCUUGUUUUUUUUUUUUUUUUGCGCUGCCCCUAGAAAGUGGUCCCGCAACCUCAGCACAAAGCAAAGCUUGUGCCGGUGACACGCUGCCUGGAUUCCUGCUUGCCUUUCGAGGAAAUGUCACCCGUGCGUCCUUUGGCAGAUUGUAAAUGAUUCAUUAUUAUUAAUAUAAAUAUCAUUAUUGAAUCCAUUCAAAUAAGACAAACGCAAACAAAAGGAUACUGAAGGCGCAUUGUGGUUUUUACAAACUUUGGCAAGCGCUUAUUUAUUUACAUCCAGUCCAUCACACAAGGUCACAGUUGUUGUCCCUUUUGCUCCUUUUUCUGUCAGGACAUUUUUUUAAGUGUUCAACACAAGUGAAAAGCUGCCUUGCUCGCUUGAGAAAAAAAAAACAUGCACGGAGCGAGCGGACACGUUUGAAAA